GUUAGAAGAGAGGAAGUACCGAUAAAUCAUUAACAAAGGAAUCUUUACAAAUUCCAUAUGGCGUGGUCGUUCGCUAUUGCAGCGCUAGGGAACGCGGUAGGGGCACUGACAACCGCAACGAUAGACAAAUUGGUGAGAAAAAUAAUUGGCCCAAUUAUCGAUGAAUUUAAAUAUGAUGAUAAUACCGAGAAGAAGUACGAAAUUCGGAACCUUAUUUUGGUGAUAGUGACGCUUAUUGCGGGGGUGACUUUCCAGGCAGGGAUCAAUCCACCAGGCGGGUUAUGGCAGGAUAAUCAGAAAGAACAAGUCGCUGGAACCGCCAUUUUUGCAUAUCGGAAACAAGCAGCCUUCUAUGUUUUCUUGGUCUUUAACACCUUGGCUUUUACAACGUCAGCUUUUACCAUUUUCUGUUUCACCCAGGGUUUCCCAUUCAGUCCUGAAAUACGACUGGCUGUUGUUUCUGUCGUAGUGACUUAUGCAUGUGCAGUUUCUGCCAUUAUUCCACCUGAAUCGGCAAAUCUUGCUUACGUCUUGCUCGUGGCUCUUCUACCUAUUGUGGUACUGUCUUGGAUCCGCCGGCGCGUUCGUGGAGAGUAAGCAAACGAGGGAAUGUUUUGAGAAACGAUGCAACAGAUGACAUGGUGUAGAGAUUCUAUAAGGACAAAUCUCGGCAACUCUUAGCAAGCCUCGUGAUUAAAAUCAUCUCGGAAUGCUGCUACCUGUAGUAGAUGGCUUCAAAGGAACAAAAGGCUUUGCAAUACUCUUGCUUUCCUAGAAGACGUGCUGAGAGAAGCUAUUAUUUUGUUGUAAAUUGUAAAAUAUUAGAAGUCUUUUUAGCUCUAGUAUGCACAGACUGCAAUGCUUGUGUUUGAGUAUUCUUAAGUAGGAUCUGCUAUGUUUCUGUAUUCUCCUUGGCUGUGUGUAGAGUCAUCUGUAAUACU